AUGCCCGCCGCCGGCAUCGCUCAAGACGAAAUUGCGCAAUCCGCGCUAAGCGCAAUAUGCGACCGUUUCACGACGUCUUCACCCGAUUUCUAUUUCCUCGAGGCCUCGAGCGUGCGCAUUAUUUGCCCCGCCCCCACCGAAGUUGGGGGUAGCAUGAAGGAAUUGGCGGAUGAGUGCAACAACCAAUUCUGCCGUGAAGCUUCUGCCGAGUGCCCCCCGUGCGGCUUGCAGAGCAGAGGGAUAUAUACUUGGAGGAGCCGGAUCACGCCCGGAGACCCGGAAACCGAGCGCCGGCCUCUGCGCCCGCAUGACUCCAGCGAGAGUGAGCCGUUUCAUCUCAAGCGCAAAAUCGCGGAAGCAGACCCGCGGACGUGGGACGGGGAUGCCGAGGUCAGGAAACCCCGUCGCCAGGGACGGCUGGACGACCCGGCAUCCCAUGAUAUGGCGGCGACUCGAGAGGCACGCAAAGCGUUGCUUUCGUUUGAGGUUGCCAAACCGGGGAUGGGUCGGACUGGGGUGAAGAACCUUCAUCACGCCUACUUAGGUCCUGUACCUAGUGUAGUAUAUUACAUCACCUCAGAUGUCGGGACGGGACGGGGUCAUGUCAUGGUCUGCAGUGCCCGGAGCGCUGCUUUGACGGAAGGAAGCAACGUGUUGCAUGGAGCCCCCCACGUUGACAAGAUUGCGCCUCCAGUCCGGAACGCUACCACUUGCCGACGCCAUGGCCAGCACGUGUCCUUGACCAUGGACCUGGAAUCGGUGGACUGA